GCUUUACGACUAUCUUCCAGGAAAAUAGGAGUGAGAGAAUUACCCAUCGUCCAAUCUCAUUUGUGAGGUCUCCUCUCUGCUACUUGGAACAGAUUCCGAGCAGAAUCCCUGACACCAUUGGACACAUUAGACACCAAUGAACACACUGGUCUUGGGUGGGAAUUCCACGAACGAAAAAUUUCAGGAUGCUGGGAGGUCUGUUCAAGUCCCAAGUCUGUAUGCGCAAGAGUCCCGUGCUUGUGAUACCUUUGUAAAUUAAUGUGUUUAAUGGUUUUGUGUAAAAUGAAAUCUAAUCUAAGAUACGAAUAAAUAUACCUAUUUCAAAAUACAAAUUUGUUGAUUGAAAUAUUUUAUAUGAUUGUAUUGCCUUUAGAGAUUUGUGUGUUAUAUUCUAGAGAAUAAGCAUUACAGUAAUAAACAAAUCGUAUAGGUUAGAUAACUACUUUACAUACGUGGUUCUUCGUUUGUAUUGAAAUGAAAUAUUACACAAAAUGUUCUCUUUAAUAUUCAAAAAAUGUGCGGUUCGUUUUCAAACGCGUGAAUUUGCAACCAUUCUUAUUAAUAGUAUGAAUCGAAUCAACAGAAAAGUAAUAAAGCAUUUUACAAAUAUAAACUGUGCCGGUUUAAUAAAUCGAGAUGAUAGAACUUAUUACCGGCCAUUCAGUAGUACGAUGGAUGAAUUUACAUAUCUACCACCAUUAAUGAAUAUUCCGCUAUAUAAGUUUCCUACGAUGCAGAGCUUCAUAAAAAGAAUCAUAUUUACCUCUAAAUUUCGUACUGUUGUUGACAAUACGUUCAACAUCGAGGAGUUCACGGCUGGAUCAUUGCAUGCAAUUACGACGAUAUCACAGGCAUUAGCUGCAAAAGAUUAUGAACAACUAAAUGGUCUUGUAGACGAGCCUGUUAUAGAAAUGCUAAAGAAGAGGGUUGAUCUGUUAACAACGGAACAGAAAGAACUAAUUCCUGUAACUGAUAAGAAUUUGUUCUAUUAUUACAAUUAUGAUAUGGAUAUCAGAAAUCCUAAAGACGCACUUGGAAAGAGAUGCGAGAAUCUUAUCGAGGUGUCACUAUUAGGUUAUUACUCUCGUGAAUCAGAUGUGGAUUUCACGGAUCGACAAAAUUUCUCGAAAACAGCCAUCAACGCCAUUGGAAGAAAAGUUAUACAUGUAUUAAUGUUUAACUAUACAUUUCAAAGGUGUUAUUAUAAUGACGUGGGAGGACCAUGGAUAGCUACAGUAGUCAAUCAUUUUACAAUUACUUCAUGAUCUUCCUCUUAACUCGAAUGGGCGUAGUUAUCACAUUGGCAUUAAAUGUGAAAACAGCAAACUGAAAUGUGUGCACCUACUCAGAAAUUUAGUAGUUUUAUCUCAUUGCAUUUAAUUACAUAUGCAUGUGUGUUUGUGAUAUGUACAGUCAAGAGUUUAUGUAUUUCAGUAAAGGGGGUAUGUAAUUUUGUAGAUACAAUUUUGUUGCGCUAAGAUGUGUUCCAUGUUUCGAUAUAGAAAUAAUUAGCGGCCCCUAAAAAAAUGUUACAGUCAUGAAAGAAUGCCUCCAAUUAUGAAGAUGAAAAAAGGGAGCAGAAGCAUUACCUUAUUAAUUUGAGGAUUGUGAAUCCAACAUUCAUUUUUCUUUUGAUCUUGAUACAAAUUGUUCCGUGUCGCAGGAACGGAAUUGAAAUAGUUGAUUUGCAAAUGUUGAGAAUUAAUUGAGUGAAUUUUUAUUACAUUCAAGUAAGGCUCCAUGAAUGAUACAGUAACUUUUAUGCAUAUAUUUGCUGUUUGAAAAGUGACUUCGGACGUCGUUGUUGGAAGUAGUGUAAGUUUAUCGAAAUCACUAAUGUCUGGCGGACGAUUAUCUGCAACGUUUUAUUGUGUAUAAGUGGAAGCAACGAUCUCUUUGUAAUAUAAAUAUAAUUGAAAUUACUUUUAUGAACAGCAUCGGUCAAUCGAAAUGGUUUUGUAAUAGAAGAUGCAAACAUUGGAA